AUGGCCGACCAAUUCAAAGCACGAACUCUAAAGCGCAAGAAUGUCAAGGGCCUUGCCUUGAACGCUGCUCCCAAGCCCGCCGCCAACCCAUCCGACGGUGAUGCUCAGGUCCCUGGAGCUAUCGGAAAUAGUGAGGGUACCCGGACUGAUACCUUGGAGAUUGGUUUGGAAUUCAGGCUGGAUCUGCGCAGCGAGGAUUUAGUCACCCUCAAAGAACUUGGUGCUGGAAAUGGAGGAACUGUGUCAAAAGUCAUGCAUGUUUCGACCAAGGUUGUCAUGGCUCGGAAGAUUAUCCGGGUUGAUGCCAAAGAGGGUGUGAGGAAACAGAUCUUGCGAGAACUCCAGGUCGGCCAUGAUUGUAACUCGCCAAACAUUGUGACCUUUUACGGGGCAUUCCAGAACGAAGCAAGAGACAUUGUGCUGUGCAUGGAGUACAUGGACUGUGGUUCACUCGAUCGCAUCUCCAAAGACUUCGGACCUGUUAGGGUCGAUGUCUUGGGUAAAAUCACAGAGUCGAUUCUCGCCGGCUUAGUGUAUCUCUAUGAAGCCCAUCGCAUCAUGCAUCGUGAUAUCAAGCCGUCCAACGUUCUAGUGAACUCUCGAGGCAAUAUCAAGCUUUGUGACUUUGGCGUCGCAACGGAAACAGUUAAUUCUAUAGCAGACACGUUUGUUGGCACAUCAACUUACAUGGCCCCAGAACGUAUCCAAGGUGGUGCCUAUACUGUCCGUUCGGAUGUCUGGAGCGUGGGCUUGACGGUUAUGGAACUCGCUGUUGGCCGAUUUCCGUUUGAUGCGUCAGAUUCCGCAGCUGGAGACCGGGCCAGCGCAGGCCCUAUGGGAAUAUUGGACCUUCUACAGCAAAUUGUUCACGAGCCUGCCCCCAAACUGCCCAGGAGUGACGCUUUCCCGCCGGUUUUGCACGAGUUUGUCGCGAAAUGUCUGCUGAAGAAGUCCGAAGAACGACCAACCCCUCUCGAGCUAUAUGAGAAAGAUGCGUUUCUACAAGCCGCCAAGCGAACACCUGUUGACCUCCAAGAGUGGGCAAUCAGCAUGAUGGAACGACACAACCGAAAAUCCUACCUAGCACCCCCCGCACCGAAAUCCUUGAAGGAGAGUAAAGACACUCCAUUGCCCGGACAGCCCAAGGCCCCAUCUCCUGUUCAUGCCCAAAAGCAAGUGUCCAGCAAGUCCUCGCGUUCCACAACCGGAGAAGCUCCUCUCAACGUAGACCACGGCUCCUCUCAGCAACGUCAACACGCCCCAUCAAAUCCUCCCUAUAUACCUUCGCGGCCAACUCGCUCUCCACCAAUUUCGUUGGAACACCUAUCUCUUGAGUCGAGGCAGGAUGAAAAUCGAUCCGCUCGUCGCCCCUCUCGAACCCCCCUGGGCGAUACGAGCUCCACCACGGACCAGUCUCUACGGCCUUCUCUCGGCUCUCGUUCAGCGAGCUCUCACAAUACGAACUCGCGCAUGCCCUUGCAGAGCACAGCCCUGCCCUUCCGUGCCGCUCCUACGCCCGCAGACCCAAACUCAGGAGGCUGGUCGCGGCGCGGCGACCACAUGACAGGAGCCGUUUAACUCAUGGUCCACUCCACCACCUUAUUUUUUGAACUUUACUAUUACAAUGUGGUUGGGCCACCGUGUUUCUGAUGAUUUUGCAUCGGCAGGGCGUAUUCGUUCUUUGGCCAUUCCUGUUUAUUUGCCGCCUGUACCUUUCCUUAUCCCGAUUUCCUUUGUUUCUAUCCUGGCAACGUGCCUGUGCCCCUUGGGUUCAUGAUUUGAAGACCCUUUUUUGUACCUCUCUUCUUGCAUUCCUUUUUCUUUUAAUUGAGGCUGGAACUCUUGCAUCUGUCUUAUUCUGGAUUUACAUCUUGAAAUGUCGUUGGCCUUUUUGUGCAAAUUUAUUCCAGCGAAGAAUGUAUGUCAUUGCAAAUCACCACCACAUCUGCACAGUUUCCAGGGUGGCAUAUUUUUAUGUCUACCUCUGCCACGUACAGUGAUUGGUUAAAUUCAGGCUCAUUGU